UAUAGCUGGGUGCUGUUAGCAAUUUUCGGCUUCAAUCUGGCUAUGGCAUGCUCGUUUAUAACGGCGAUUAUUGCGGCGCCGCCAAAGAUUGUCACGGGAAUUGUGUUGAAUUAUAGCAGCGUUGCGAUCUUCUUCAGCUAUGCGGUGUUGUUUGCCAUUCCACUUGUGCAGGUGCACGAAAAGGCCGAUAAAUUCGCUUUACAUCUAUACGAAUUACGAAUGGAUGCGGAAAGCCAAACCAGCGCACAGAAUAUGAUACUCAAAAACGGCCAAAAUCUGAUCGCGAUUGUCGAUCUACUGGAAGAAAAGGCACGACAUUACGUUCUUUACUUUACCGGCGGCAGUUUAAUACAUUACUCACGAGGCCUUUUAGCAGCGGCAUGCACAUUUUUGGUUUCCGGUGGUUUAUUGGCUCUCGAAGUAGUUAGCAGAGCCGAACCAUCUUCUCCACAAUUGCUGGACUGCAGUAUCUGUGGGAUUGGAAACGGUACCCGUCUGAUUGCACGCUCUUAAACUGCAUCCAUUUUGGUUGCCGGUCGACAUUUUCUUUGUACGCUUGUUGUUUA